AUGUCGACGCGUUUCCACGCCAUCAUGAUUUCUAAACCUGCCAAUCCGCCUGUGCUUCAGGACCAUGAUGCCCUGAGAAAAAAGUUCGAAGAAAAGGCCGACUCUAUCUUGCAUGGGCUGGAAUCGAAAAGCCAGGUCUCUUAUGACUGUGAUGCCCUCCGUGAACUUGGUGUUGUUCUCCAACAUAUCAAUGUCACAGAUGACCAACAGUUCCCCGACUUUAAGCCUUUAUCUCAGGCAGAAUAUAGCACGUACAAGAUCGACAGCACUGGGAUUCCUAAAGUUAGGCGCCGUCACUAUGACAAUUUCAACGCGCUCUUCAAUUGGUCUUCGUCAUGGCCGCUAUCAGACACCGACUAUAUGUAUGAGACGACUUUUCAAAUUGUCAGAUAUAUCAACAUCUUCCAAGAUUACUUUAAGAAACAUGAUACCGAUAAUACCUCUUCGAUAGCGCGAAACUCGAACUGGUAUCCGAUCUUGGCUGAAGAUUCCUUCCAUGAUGGACCGCAAGGAAUGCUAUAUGGUUUACCUGAUGGGCAUUCGAAACCUCUCGAUCUUUCAAGGUGGAGAACCGCACAAAUGCGACAAUGGCAAGAAGACCCCGAGAACCCAGACACAAUCCGCCCGCAUGUUAUGCUUAUGACAUGCACCGGAGCGGUGGCCGAGUCUGAUAACCUUCUCCAUGGCGAGAUUGGGCCGAUUGUUAAUGCAAUCCAGUGCCGUCUCUUCCAGGACGAGUUUAAGCAGACUUCGAGUUUUCCGGUUCUCGUUAUUUCGUUGUUUGGCCCAAGACAGGGGCGUAUCCUCUCUGCCCGAUUCGACAUUGACGGUACUUUGGUUGUACAAGCGUUAUAUAUCUUCGAUUUCAAGCAGAAGAACCAAGAGGGAUUUGACCUCUUCAUGCGCUACUACUACUCCGAACCCAGAGAUGCGACCGUAUCUAAACUAGUGGUCCUGCCAAAAAUUUAA